AUGGGAGAUCGACACACCGUCCAGCAAACUCUCAAUGGCUUACUUGCGAAGCUGGAUGACGCGGACCCUGAUAUGAGAUACAUGUCUCUGAAUGAUCUUUACGGUGUUCUCAACAAUCCCAACUCGUCCUACCUGGCCCACGAUCAAGCCUCUGCAACCAGACUCGCCGAAGGCUUGCUGAAGGCGUUGGAUGACCAACACGGCGAUGUCCAAAACCAAGCGCUGAAAUGUCUCGGCCCUCUUGUCGUCAGGUUGCCCCUUGAGGGCCUUCGGAUGCUGCUCGAGAGACUAUCAACACUCACUACUUCCCAGACCAUUGAUACAUCCGUUCCAAACACUGCACUGCGAGUCAUUGUCACAGCGCUACCGCGUCCUCAAUUGAACCAACAGCCAACCUCCGACGCUACCACAGCGUAUUCUGCAGUUUCCGAAGUUCUCAUUCCCCGCCUGAUCGGACCCGGACCCUCGAGGCGAAGAGGCUCAAUCACAAAAGGAAUGCUGGAGAAGGAUCCUGCUAAAGGCUUUAGCAGUGAUGCAAUCGACGUUGUCAUUCAAGUGGCCUCCUGCUUUGGUACACUUCUCAAGGAGAGAGAGUUGACAGCUCUAGAAAAGGCCGUCAUGUCCAUCAUCGAUAAUGACACGGCCGGUACUGUGGUCACGAAACGGGCAUUGGCUGCUAUUUCAGCAUUGGUUGUUCAUUUCUCAGAUGACCAGUUUGGAAUCUUCGUCUCUGAACUCGUGGAAAGGUUCAACUCUCCUCAGCUGAGCACUGUCCACCGGCGGCAUUUGGUUGCCGCUGUUGGCAGCCUAGCUAGGACAGUACCGGCCAAGCUGGGUCCUCAUCUGCCUACUUUGGCCCCGUUCAUCUUUUCGGCUGUUGGCGAAGAUAAUCUCGAGCCGAAACACGAUGAUAAUCUGCGACCGAUACCAACAGCUGCCUAA